AAUGCGCUUCCGUAACUGAGAGAGGAUUUACAGACGUUUCCCUUUUCUGUCUCGUAAUUUUUUAUUUUAUUUAUCCAGUGAAUGCAAUGGGCUUCCGUAGGGAGUCAUCCACACUAAUGUUUUCUGUUGGUGACACUUUUAAUUACGGAAAAACAUCUAACAGGUCAUUGUCAUCAGUGUCGUAAAAAAGAGACAGAAGAAAGCGAAGAUGACACAUUUAGUCAAAGAAAUGUUUAUUUUAUUUUUAUUAAAAAAAUACCUACUUGGUUUAAUGAGCGCGACAGCACUUUAAAAACAACAACAACAACAACAACAACAACAACAACAACAACAACAAGAGGAAGCGCUACCGUCGUCGUUAAGGACGCCAACUGUAAAAAAAAAAAACCUCAAAGAAGAAGAUGACGAUACUUUACGUCUCUGACGUCAUUACGCACAACGUGUAGCACUGAAGCAACAUGGCUCUGAAUGGAGAUAACGAGGACUUCGAGUGGGAGCCUCCAACAGAGGCAGAGAUGAAGGUGAUCCAGGCUCGCAGGGAGCGACAAGACAAAAUCAGCAAGCUGAUGGGAGACUACCUGCUCAAAGGAUACAGGAUGCUGGGGGAGUGUUGUGACAUGUGUGGGACAAUUCUUCUCCAGGACAAACAGCAGAAAAACUACUGUGUCUCAUGUCAGGAGCUGGACUCUGAUGUUGACAAGGACAACCCUGCUCUGAAUGCGCAGGCGGCGUUGUCCCAAGUGAGAGAGAGACAGCUUGCAGCCCAGACCCCUGCACCGUCCCAGGCUCCUGAACUCAAUGGAGGCCCUAGCACCAGUCAGGCAAGUGUGUCGGUUCCCAGACCGGAACACUGUGAGGGGGCUGCCGCGGGGGGGAGAGCUGUCCUGCCUCCACCUGCUGCCCCUGCUCCUGCAACUCCUGCCUCCACCACAGCCCUAGCACCUGCUCGCCCCCCAGUUAGUCCGCCGAGCACUGUCCUCCAACCUGUGUUGCAAGAAGCUGAGGACGCUGUUCUAACCAAACUUCGCUGGGCCACUACCCAGCUGCAGAGUUCGGCCUCGCUCGAGACAAGUAUCCAGCUCUGCAGCCUCAUCGCCAGCUGUGCCAGCUCACUGCGCAGCCUCAAGGAGCUCAGCCAGUAACCAUCCUGGAAAAGGUUGAAACCAUGGAUUAAUGGGAACGCUGUUUCUACUUUGCCUCUGUCCUGGAAUACUGACUCUGGUUCGCUGCUUUGCGGCAUCUCUCUUUGACUGAAUCCUUGCAUAGAGCUGAAUUCAAAAUUGGUCAGGAAAUGCACUUGAAAUAGGAUUCAAAUGUUAAAAGUUGCUUUUCAGUUAACAUACCUAUAUGGCUGGCAGAAAUAUCAUGUUACAUGGUUUCAUAAUAAGUUUAUGUACAAUUGGUUGAACAUUUGACUGUAUUGUCAAUUUGUAAGUUAUAAUGAUAGAACUGAGUACUUCUAAAUGCACAUUCAUCAUUGAUAUUAAUUUUAAAUAAAAAAAGUUCUACAAAAAAAAAGCUUCUCAACUAUAUUCUACAGUAAAAGACUGCUAACGUAUUUCUAGAGUUUUUUGGUUUAUUGAUCCAAAAUUGCCACCAAAUUGACAUGUGGAAAAAUGACAUCCGUUUUCUUAUUGGUUGUCGUGUAGUAUCCAAAAACUGGUGUUGGAUUACAAAUCACAAAAUUCAAACAAAAGCUAAAACCCCAGUGCACAACUGCCUGUACCAUACAAGUCUGUGUCCGCACAAGCAAGAGUGUCUGUGCUGAUAAACAACAUACUACUAGACAGUAAGUCAUCAAUUAAAAUGUUGGUAAGUUGUUGAACACACAAGUCCUCUGAUCGGACCCUCGCUUGUGCAUUUUCCAUUUAACGUUACUGUUUAGUCUGAAUCUCAGACAGAUUUCUGUUGUCUCUGACCUUCUGGUGAUGCACAUAUUGUCACUGUGUGUUGGCGGUUCUGCGGAUUUUAUUGUAAAUAUAUUUGAUACAUGAAGAUGGUAAUGUGAUUGCUCAAAUGAGACAGGGCAACAUUCAGGAGUCAGAUCCAUAAUUCUUUAUUCAUUCAAAACAUCUAGAGCAAAUAAGCUGUGCACUGUACAUCAAUAGACAGCACUUCAUAUUGGAUACAAUCCAGCUUCAGUGUUGUUCAAGGCUGUUAGUGUUUUCUAAUUAUGAACCUCAAUAAAGCUUUGCCUGUUCAGGAGUUUGUUUCUUUCCACAAGAGGGCGCCAAACGCAAAAGCAAUGCCAUAAAGUUUGUUAAUUUGGAAAACCCUGUAUUUAAACAAGUACCAUUUUAAGUACCAAUAAACAUGUAAAUUGCAA